UUGUCCCAUGAAACAGAAAACUCGUGAAUAUCAGCUGCUGUAUCUUUCCCAUGAUUAACGUUUUAUUUGCUUUUAUGUUCCCUAAAUCUUUUUCCACUUCUUUUAGAAUUAGCUUUGUCCUUCAAUAGCGUCUGAAGUUUGUCCCACUGAGAACGUUCACAUAUAAAAAGGGCCAUGCAUAUGCAUCCAAUGGAGCAUUCUCAGUUGAUUUUUCUGCCCUCCUGUUUCAUUUAACUUAUUUCUAGCUACUUUGGCCUCAUCCCAUUUUAAAAAAAUGGUCCAAUUCUUGGUACAGUCUCUAAUUCCUCUCUCUCUCUUCCUCAUGAUGCGAAUUUGCACACUGCAAGCCGAGGUUGUGGUGCCAAAAAAUGCAACAAUCUCCGCUGUUUUCACGUUUGGUGACUCCAUAUUGGACACAGGCAACAACAACAACCUCAUUACUCUGGUUAGGAGUAAUUUUCCUCCGUAUGGAAGGGAUUUCAUGGGACGAAUUCCGACCGGGAGGUUCAGCAAUGGCAAGAUUCCCUCGGACUUCUUUGCUGAACAACUGGGGAUCAAAGAACUGUUGCCCGCAUUUCUCGACCCGAACCUGCAACUUCAAGACCUCAUCGGAGGUGUCAACUUCGCCUCAGCUGGCGCAGGAUUUGAUCCUCUGACAUCGGAACUCGUGUUCGUUAUACCCAUGUCGAAACAAUUACGACUCUUCGAUGAGUACAAAACGAAGCUGAAGAGCUUGAUAGGAAAGGAGAGAGCAGAUGCUAUUGUUGCCAAUGGCCUGUACAUCGUGUCUGCAGGGAGUGAUGACAUUGUGAAUACCUAUUUUCGUACACCCACGCGGAUAUUUGGCUACAGCGUUUCUUCCUACAUGGAACUUCUAGUGCGUUCGGCUUCAUCCUUCUUGCAGGAACUACACGCAAAGGGUGCUCGGAAGAUUGGCGUCUUCAGCUUGACUCCCCUUGGGUGCAUACCCUCACAGAGAACUCUGGCCGGUGGAAUCGAGAGAAGAUGUGCGGAGGAUUACAAUCAAAUGGUCCAACUGCUCAACUCAAAGUUGUCAUCGGAGUUGCAUCACCUCAACGGAGCCUUCCCUCGUGCCAGGAUGGUCCUUAUAGACAUCUACGGCCUUGUACUCGACAUCGUGAAGAAUCCCAGAAAAUAUGGGUUUGAAAUCUCAGACCGAGGGUGCUGCGGCUCGGGUCUAAUAGAGACCGCAGUUUUGUGCAACCGGUGGGAUUUCUUGACAUGCUCGAAUGUCUCAAAAUAUGUGUUCUGGGACAGCUAUCAUCCCACUGAAAAUGUCUACAAGAUCAUGGUCCAGGAGCAGCUGGGGAAGCUCAUGAUCGACCUAUACUCAUGAUGAUGAAGAUGACGGCGACUAUGCUCUUUUACUAUGCUCUUCAUACUAAAGAUGAUGAUUAAUUCUUGUAUAUUGAGGAACAUGUAUAAGUAUACUCUUGACAUAACGGACAUGGUAGAUGAACCUGAUCAUCAUUUGUUGGUUGAGUUCGAAUACAAUUGAUCAAGUUUUUCAAA